CGUUCGUAUCCAAGGGGAAUCUUCUGGCAGCUGCCCAGGAGUCUUGCUGUCCUGGCAGCUCACUGCGCCAGGAGGUCCUAGACCUCAGGAGUGCUGCAGCAAGGGUCCUGCUGCCCCCACAGAGAAGUAGGCUAGUGAAGCUACAGUGUUGUGAGGAGCGAGAGGAGGGGGCACUAAUGGGGCCUGCCAGGGCAACUGUGAUUGGGAGAGUGCCCUGGAGGCGGAGCUAGGGAGACAACAAGGGUCAGGCUGGCGUUUGACUCCACCACCACUAAAGAGGCUUGAAGGUUCUCUAGCCUCAGAAGGUGACCCUGAGCCUGAAGCUAAGCUCUCCCAAGGGGAAAGAAGAAAGACCAUCAACAAUGGCAGAAGGCUGUGACAGCAUAGGCGCAGAAAGAGCUUGCUUUGUGCACAGGAGAGAACACUGCAUCUCAGCCUCCUGGUUUUAGAGCUCUGUAACCCGACGGUGUGGUCCUUCAGUUCGUUUCUCUCGUGUCCAAGUCCCACAUUCCUGGCACCAAAUGUAGUGUCCGCCCACAGACCCUACACAAUAGCGGAUUGUCCUGGAUUGGAGAUGAACUGGACCUGUGAAAUUAAGUGGGUGGGGAGCAAAGAGACAUGACACCAAGUAGAUGUAUCAAGUGCUGUUCAACAUUCAAAAAGGAUAACCCACCUCCAUGUGCCCAUGGCAACUGCAGAAGGUAUACCUGAAGGAGUAAAAGGCCCUGUAUUAGAAACCACCCAGCAAGAUUUUUUGCAAGAAGCAAAAUCUCUUAUUGCCCAACAUUACAAGAGAUUAAAUGAGAAUAAGGCUCAAGGAACGUCUAUAGAUGUCUUUAAAAAUAAACACCAAAAACCGAAAACUGUCAAAUUCAUACCUUUUGAGAUUAAGAAAAGUGAAAUCCUUAAUGUAGUUCAAGAACAUCGUUUGGUACUCAGAAGCAUUAGCUAUCCCAGGGACACUUCCAAGUGCACAGCUUUAAUUGAGGCCUCACAGCAGAUUUCCUUCAAGGAGCCGCAUGUUUUGCAUAUAAAAGAGAAGUACCACCCUGUAGAUCUUUUUAAAAAAGAAGAAGUUAAACUGGGUAAAAUAAUGAACGAUAUUGAAUCCGUGAGUAAGCGAAUGGAGAAAGAGAAGGAGAUGCAUCACAGGAAGUCCAGAAUAUUGGAGCCCUUCCAUUCCCACGUUGGCUUGCAUAGUCUGACCUCUUCUCUGGGACUUCUGAAGGAACUUGCUGACAGGACACUUUAUGAUUGGAAGAGCACUGCAUCGAUAAGAUCUUCGCAUUUGCCUCGUGAAUCUGCUCAGAGUUUAUCAGAGCCCUCAGUGAUGUUUAAGGAUUAUUAUAUCAGACCCCUUAAGAAGAAAGUUCUACAACCUAUCAAGAAAGAACUGAAGCCAGACAAAAGGUCAAAGACUAUUGUAAAGUCUGAUAAAACAGACAGCAAAGUUAAAAGAAUUGGACCACACAUAGAAAUUUUUCAACUGUUCCAGGGAAGAGACAAACCCAUAUUUACUAAAAGAUUUAUUAAACUGAUCACCAUUGUGCAAGCAUUUAUCAGGGGGUGGCUUGAGCGCAAAAGACUUCAACGAAUAAAGAGCAAGGUUUUGUAUCAUGGGCCAAAUUUGAAAACAGUUAUAAAAAUGUAUCAGCGCUUAAUCCACCGUGUUAGACAUCGACUUGGUCUUUGGAGGACAAGACAGAUUGUAUACUUUGGAGAACUAGAAGAAUGGAUGGACAGAAAAAAAUUCUAUGAAACCAUGUUUGCCAAGAGAGAAGACUGGCAAGGACUACAAAGAAGUGAGCUGCUGAAGUAUUUCAACGACUGUGGCCAUUUCCCUACGCAGUCCCAGAUUGAUGAGUUCUGGGACCUGUUCCACAGACAUAGUCAAGGAAAAUAUUCUGAAGUAAUCAAAAAGUCCAGUGCUAUUGAACUAUUAUUUACACUCUAUCCUCCUCAAGGUGCCAGAGUGAAUGUUAGCACAAGACUGCGGUCCACGUGGCUGAGACCCUUGGUGGACGGGGAGGAAGGCUAUAAGUACAUAGUGAAUGGACAUCCAAUACUCAAGAGAGCUAACUUCCAGACUGUUGGCAAGUUUGUGGCUAGAUCCAUAAGAGAAAGAAAAUUGAGACAAUAUUAUAAAACGUGAGAGCUGGAAUAAAUUUUUCAACACAGUACUCCAUUAAAAAGUUAAACUUAUCUCCUCAGAAAUGCAUAUUAGUAAUGAACACAGAAUGAUUUGCUAUUGACAGGAUAAAGGGUGAAAUCUUUGUAUAAACCAAAGGGGAUAUUGACAAGGUAGUUCAUCGUGUAUAAGUAAGUUUGGAUGAGCAGUCUUUCCGUUCCUCAUUAAACAUCUGCUACACGUGA